GGGGCGCGCGCGGCCGUUGGCCGUUAACCAUUGGCCGUUAACCGUUGGCCUGUCUGCGCGCCUCGCGAUGAGCCGGCCCUGGCAGGUGCUGCGCGCCCUGCGCCUGCGGCUCCUGGGGCCUGCCAAGGAGCUUGUGGGCACCGAUCAGUUCGGCAACAAGUACUACCGGGUGCCCAAGCACGAGACCCGCGCAGGACAAACUAUUCCAGAGAGAAGAUUUGUAGAGGCCGUAAAUCAGCAAGCAUAUCAGUAUGAGAUGGGUGACUUUCCAAUAGAAUGGGAAGCUUGGAUAAGAAAAAAAAGAAAUGAUCCACCCACUAUUGAGGAGAUUCUCAAGAAUGAAAAUUAUAGAGAAGAAAUGAAACAGAAAAUCAGAGAUGUAUCUGAAAAGGACAAGCUCCUUCAGGCCAAGGAGUAUAAGGAGGGACUUGUUGCUGAACCAGUUCAUACUCAUGUUAAGGGCCAUGCAUCAGCCCCUUACUAUGGAAAGAAAGAGCCUUCACAAGAUCCAACAAGCACUGCAAAUACUUUUCAGCCAGGUUCCUGGAUGCCACCAGGCAGCAGUAGCAGUCAUAAUAAAUAAUUGUAAUGUACAGGUAUUGCCAGUGGAUAAAUAUUUUAAUAGACAAUAUAAACAAUCACUAUAUAUAUAUAUACACCUGUGUGUACAAUAAAAUAAUAUUAAAGCUAUGUUUAUUUUUGCAGAAUUGUUAAAAAAAAAAAAAAAAAAGCUUAAUUACGACAAACCACUUAAAAAAAUGUUUGGAUUUAGUGAAAGAGAGGAUAUAAUACUAAUGAAAAAGUUUUUUUUUAAAACAGUUGCUGUUUUUCAGUUAUUCUUUAAAUCACUUUGUUAGAGGCUUUCUAGCUAAAUGAAUAGCUUUCUUAAAAUAAUUAUUUUUGACUUUUUUCUUGAAGACAUAAUUGUACUUUUGAUAUAAUGAGUUUUAGUUGAUUAAUACACUUAACUUAGGCUUUUGGUCAAUAUAGUUCUUUGUUUAGAAUUCCUGUUAAUUCCCUCCACGGUGCCACUGUAUCAAAGCUGUUAGCUUUUCUCUGGUAAUUGGAUGGUCAAGUUGAUCUCAUUAACAGGAAAUACCUUAACACUACAGUGACUAUGCUUGUCAGUAAAUUUAGGGACAUAGUCUUGUAACUUACGCUAAUGGAGGAGUCAACUUUUUCGAUUAUUUACUAGCCAGACAACAGUAAGCAGAAAAUACAGUCAGAGUUAAACCAUAUAUAAGUACUGUAAUAGGGUUUAGAAGCACUUAGUAAAGCUAAUGAAAAGUAAUGAAAGUGUUCUUUUUGGCACAAGAGCCUGUCAGUUACUUCCAAAAGGAGUACACUUGCUCUUUUCCUUUCUCAGCCAUAGAGAGUUGUGCCACCUACCAAAGAAGCUAAAAUCUCACUUUUAGUCUAAGGAUUAAUUAGCUUUUAUUUCUGAGUGAUUGCGAGGACUUUUAAACAUUUUUUGUUAGAUAUAUUUUGGCUAAAGUUUAUAUAUACACAGAUUAUUUGCUUAGAGAUGAUGCUUGAGAAUUUCAAAUCAGAAAAAAAACCACACAUUUUUUGAAAAAGUAUCAAAUUUAUUUAUGCAGUGUAAUCAGUUCUGUUCCCUGUGUUUUAAGUCAUGUAGAUAUCAAAGGUAACAACAUUCAAAGAUAAACACUGGAGAUUAAUUGUGUAUCAUAAAAUUUGUAAAUAUUACAUUCUAAUAAUGCUUGCUUUGACCAAUAAAAUUGGAAAAGGAUCAAAA